UUGUGCUUCCGUUUUCAUUUUUCAAGCUGGUUUUGGUAGUAAAACUCCAACAGAAAUACUUUUCUGCUGUUUUCGUUGAUACAAAUUCAUGAAAUUGGUCUCAUCAAUGUUGUCGCAUAGUCAUUGAGUGACGAAUUAUAAUGAAAAACUAAUUGAUUAUGAUUUUCGUCAUACAAUUUAUCAAUUUUCAUAAUUUAACAAAUAGCCUAGUAGGAGAACUCACUGUUACUAGUGGAAACAUGAAAAUAUUUGGAACAACGUCCUACUCGUCACAAGAGCCUUGGGUAUUCUCUGGUACUAUCCGCCAAAAUAUUUUGUUCGGUGCCGAAUACAACCAGAGUCGCUACAAAGAGGUUAUACGCGUUUGCGAUUUAGAGAAAGAUUUCGAUAAAUUCCUCAACAGAGACGACACGAUUAUAGGCGAUAAAGGAGCAUCUUUGAGUGGAGGGCAAAAAGCUAGGGUUAAUUUGGCCAGAGCUGUAUAUAGGGAUAGAGAUAUUUAUUUAUUGGAUGAUCCGCUAUCAGCAGUUGACAUACAUGUUGCUAAAAUACUGUACGAGCAAUGCAUAAAUGGAUUUUUGGCUCACAAAACUAGGAUAUUGGUUACUCAUCAAGUACACUGGUUGAAAAAUGCUGAUAACAUCGCCAUUUUAAAUGAGGUGUACGUAUUCAUGUCCUACUUUCAAAUUCUGGCACAAACAUUAGCUGGAGUGUUUGCCAGAGGUCUGUCAGCUAUCGCAGAACUGCUCGUUUCCAUUCGAAGGAUACAAGAUUUCCUCAACAAUGAAGAAUAUGACUUCGCUCUACGAGAAGAAACCAAAUACAAUGUACAUGAUGACGACACCGCCUAUAGCGUUACUUUGAAUGAAAUCACUGCAAGUUGGGAUAAAUCAUCUAGUAAUCCCGUUUUGAAGAAUAUCAAUUUGAAAGUACGGAAAGGAAAAUUGACCGGUGUUAUUGGUCCGGUCGGAAGUGGUAAAAGUUCCCUUCUGCAGACUCUACUGG